AUGAGUUUGAACGGUGCCGCUCCUACGGCAGAACAAGUCGCGCGCACGGCGAAAGAGGCGUUCGAUGCCUCGCAACUCCUCGACUCGAGCGAACGGCACACGGCGCUUCUCGCGCUCAAGCAGGCGCUGACGGAUGCCAAGGAGGAGAUUUUGGAGGCGAACAGGCUGGACAUUGAGGCUGCACGGGAACAGGUAGCGGCGGGAAAGAUGUCGUCGUCGCUGCUGAAGCGGCUAGACCUCCAAUCGUCCGCCGACAAGUACGACUCGAUGCUGCAGGGCAUUCUCGACGUCGACUCGCUCCCCGACCCGACUGGACAGGUUACCUAUGCACGCAAGCUCGACGAGGGACUCGACCUGUACCGCGUGACAUGUCCGAUUGGUGUCCUGCUGGUGAUCUUCGAGGCGAGGCCCGAAGUCAUCGUCAACAUUACCGCUCUUGCGAUCAAGUCGGGCAACGCCGCAAUCUUGAAGGGCGGCAAGGAGUCAAUCCACACGCAGAACGUCAUGACCCGCGUCAUCCAGUCCGCCCUCUCGACCACCUCCCUCCCUCCCGCCUACAUCCAGACCGUCUCUUCCCGCUCCGAAAUCGCCUCGCUCCUCUCGCAAGACCGCUACGUCGACCUCGUCAUUCCCCGAGGGAGCAAUAGCCUUGUGCGGAGUAUCCAGAACGGAACGAGGAUUCCGGUCAUGGGGCAUGCGGACGGGUUGUGUGCGGUCUAUGUCGACGAGAGUGCGGUUGAGAAGAAAGCGAUUAACGUCGUUGUCGACUCGAAGACGACCUACACCGCCGCUUGCAACGCCGCGGAGACGCUCCUCAUCCACGACUCGCUCCUCUCCUCCCUGUGGCCCCGGCUAGCGUCCGCACUGCUCGACGCCAACAUCCAGCUUCGCUGUGACCCGUCCACCCUCUCCGCCCUCUCCGCCUCUAUCUCCUCCCGCCCGUCCUUCUCGACACUCGUCAAGCCCUCAACAGACGAAGACUACGAGACCGAGUUCCUCGACCUCAUACUCGCCGUCAAAGCCGUCCCCUCCUGCGCCGCCGCCAUCUCGCAUAUCAACAACCAUUCCUCGCACCACACCGAUGCGAUCGUCACGGAGGACGAGGCGAACGCGCGGGCAUUCUGCAGGGGCAUCGACUCGGCGGGCGUGUAUGUCAAUGCGAGCACGCGCUUUGCGGACGGCUUCCGGUAUGGGUUUGGGACGGAGGUCGGCGUCUCGACGGGCAAGACGCACGCGAGGGGACCGGUCGGGCUCGAGGGGCUCGUCAUCUACAAGUACCAGAUCAAGAGUACCGCCGCCGAGGGCCACGGCACGGCCGUCUUCGGCUCGGGCGAGGGUAAGAGGCCUUUCCUGCACACUCCUCUGCCGCUCGACAAGCCGGCGUACUAG